AUGAAGCUUCUCACUUCUAUUCUCGGCCUCUUUGCCGUCCUUUUCGGCCUGCUGGCUAGCAUGGCAGUCGCUGCUCCGUUUUCGACCGUCACCACCUGCACGACCACCACCAUCACCCCGGAGCCCUCUGCGAGUCUCACGACUACGACCACGCUGCCACCCUCUACGAGCGUCACUUUCACCACCACUACAAUCACCAUGCCGUCGUCUACUGCUACGUCUUACACGACCGUAACGGCCCCCGUUCCCACCAGCACCACAGUGCCAGAGUAUGGACAGUGCGGUGGUCUGGGUUAUGCGGGACCGACCACUUGCGAGAGCCCGUUCGUGUGUGUCUGCACGAGCGCAUGGUGGUGUCAGUGUCAGCCUACAACUGUCAAGGAGUUCGAGCUGGAGGACCACAUCCCUAGCACUGGCCUUCAGGAUGAGGCUUCCCAGGUGUUCCACCCCAACUUCUUCACUUCGACGUACUGGCCCACGGGUUUGCCAGUGACCAUGGCAUCGGCAUCCGAAGCUCCUCAGGCCAGCUAG